CCUCACUUUUCCCGGAAAAGUGAUACACCAUUUUCCAUUCCCACAAACAUGUUUACAUUGUUAAAGAAGAAAACCCUUUUCUCAAAUUAGAGUUCCCUUUCUUUUUCUUCCCAUUUUCUCAGAUUUUUUUUUUGCAAGCAAUAGUGAUGGUGAUAAAGAAGCUUGGGUGCUGUGAGUGGAUUUUUCUUUGUAUUCUGCUGCUUGCAGCUGUUGUUUCUUCCAAGAACCAUGAAAACCCUGCAAAUGAUCUUGUGGACCUCAUCAACAAGAAUCGAACAGCUCAAAGGCUUUUGCCACUAAACAACAGUCCUGGUCUUGGGUGCAUGGCCUUGCAGUAUGCAGAGGAAUGCAAAGGGAACUGCACUGCUAACAACACCAUAAACUAUCGACCGCCGGAAGAUGACUUCACAGAGGUUUUUGCUCCCAAUUGUGGUGUGGAACUACCCACUUUUGGCAUCAUAUCUGGUCACAUUGUUGGGUGUCAGCACAAAUAUCUCGAGCCAUCAGAAGCCUUCUCGCAUGUCCUUGUUCGAGAUAAGAAGACUCUAUCCCUAGUGAGAAACAAAACACAUACUGAAGUAGGAGUUGGCUAUGUUAGGAAUCAUAAAGGGGCUUACUUUUGGUGUGUUUUGUUCAGUAGUAGUCAGACAAAUACUACAUUUGUGCUUGAAGAUCUUGGUAAAGGGAUCAAGCAAAAGAAAGGGUGCUAUAGUGGAAGCAGCAUUCCAUGCAGCAGUGGACAGAAAAAAACCAGUGUGUUUUCGAACAAUAUUUUUGUCGCGUGUUUUCUAUAUAUUUAUCUGUUGGAACACUUGUGCUCCAAUUUAUUCUUGACAAUUUGAAAAAAACUUAUAUUUACAUGCUCUAAAGUUUUGUUUC